UUCCAUUUGUAGGAAAAUAUCCAAAUGGUUAGCUUCAUUAAAGAAAUACAAUUGAGGACCAAUUAUGCAGCAGACGAAGAAAAUCAUAUAUUCUUCAAACACUCAGAUUUUGAAUGUGAGGAACGUGGAUUAGGAUAUCAUUUCUUCAGAUACAUGCGAAAACACAGUCAUAAGAUUAAUCAAUAUAUUGCCGAUACGGAAAAAGAAGAUACAUACCAAGAAACAUUGGAACGUUGUGUUAGAGCUGCCCUUCAUCUGAAUAAUAGAAAUUUGACAAAAGAAGAUGUCAUUCUUAUAUGUUCAAACAACAAUCAAUUCACUGUUGUUGCCUUUAUAGCAAGUUUAUUUCUAAAUGUAAUUGUAUCUACUUUAGAUCCGACGUUGUCAAUUUUAGAGUUUAAUUAUUUAUUAAAAGAAAUCAAACCGAAGAUUAUAUUUGUUAUACCUGAAGUGGUUGAUAAAAUAGAAACCUCAAAGCAAAAUGAAGGAAUUGGAACAGAAAUAAUAGUUAUUGGCGAAUCAGAUCAAUACAAAACAUUUUCAAGUUUUUUGAAACCUCAUCCAGAUGAAGAUACAUUUGAACCGAAACAAGUUGAUAAUAUAUUUGAUACAGCGGUGAUUCUGAUGAGUAGCGGUACGACUGGUUUCCCCAAAGGAAUUAUGUUGAGUCAUUACGCUAUAAUGUCACAAGCAGCUAAUUUAAUACAUACGAAUAAUAUAAACAGAGUCUAUUUAUCGUAUGCUUCAUUCCAUUGGAUAACAAGAAUAAUGUCUUUAACCGCAUUAUAUAAAAUAGGAGCAGCCAAUGUCAUGGUCUCAAAAUUCGAUCCUCAUGAAUGUUGGCGUUUACUUGAUAAGUAUAAGGUAACGGACCUCUUUCCCCCACCCUACGCCGCAAUAUCAUUAGCGAAAACAGGUCGCCCUGAAAAUAUUGAUACUAGCAAUUUGUUAACAUUUUCGAUUGCCGGAGCGCCAAUACCAAAGGCAUACUUUUUCAAACUCAGGGAUCUUGUACCUGAAACUGUUGUUUCUCAAACAUAUGGACAAACAGAAAUUGCUGGGUCUGCAACUUGGAUUGAUGUGAAAAAUGUGAAACAAACGCUGUGUCUACAUAACAAACCCAACUCGGUCGGCAUGCUUUUACCUAAUAUUAUGUGUAAAGUUGUGAAUGUAGAUACUGGAAAAACAUGUGGACCCAAUGAACAAGGAGAACUAAGAUUAAAAACAAAAUCAAUCAUGAACGGUUUUUAUAACCGAGACUGUUCCGAAUCUUUCGACUCGAACGGUUGGUUUAAGACCGGUGAUAUUGUUUAUUACGACAAUGACAGUUGUUUCUACAUUGUCGAUAGAAUUAAAGAACUGCUCAAAUAUAAACUCUGGCAUAUAGGCCCGGCUAUGUUGGAGGAGAUUAUAGUGAACCACCCUGCGGUGUCCCAAGUAGUUGUGAUAGGCAAACCCCACGACGAAGAUGGUGAUCAUCCGAUGGCAGUUAUAAUACCAAAUGAAUCAUAUCUUGGAAAUAUCGAUGAAAAUGAUAUUAUAAACUUUGUAGAAGAACGUGUACCGGAUCGAAUGAAGCUCAGGGGGGGCAUUAAAAUUGUUAAUAGUUUUCCAAUGACUCCUUCAGGAAAAAUUAAGAGAGUUGAAUUGAAACAUAUGAUAUUAAAAGGAGAGAAUUAGAAAAAUUGUAUGAAUUAUUAAUAAAGGUUGUCGUAUAAUAACAAAAAA